AUGAACGACAAACCUCGAUCGUAAGUUUUUGGAUUCUUCCAAAAAAAACUUGUUUUCUAGCGGCAUCGCCGAUCUCGAGAAGGCUUUCGAGGACUCGCUCGAGUUUUUAAACUCAUUUCGAAAAUUUCCUCCCCCUCUAGCUUCUUCCAAAUUUGAUCGAGCUCAAUGUAAGUAUUCCCGAGUAAGAAAAUAGGAAAAAAAAUGGGAAAAAAUUGAAUAUUUGCUGAAAUACGUAAUUUACAGAGCUCUUAUUUCACAACGAAAAUAAUAUUAAGUUGAAUAAUGUAACCUAUAAAGCUCCGAAAACUUUCUAAACUACUCUGAAACCUGUAUUUUUUGCAUUUUCCCCGUAUAGUCCGUUUUUCGCGACCCGAAAAGGCGAGACUUCUCUGCACUCUCCCUAUCUCUCGACGUCUCUCUCAUGUUUACGUGCUGUUUCCAUUUUUCUCAGUUCCCUCUGACUUUUCUCUGAAAGAAAAAAGAGACGCAGACACGUGAAAACUGUCAAGUCGUGGCAGACAGACUAUAUAAGACAGUUAUAAAAAAAUAGCUGGUUUUUAUUAAAGUUUUUUUCUGAAGACAAAAAAAUUUCGUAACCCGUGUAAGAUCGCAUAGUCACAGAUGAAAUUUACAAAAUAUAUAUAUAAUCACUCUUUCACUGGCUCGAGUUUAUACCAAACUCGAAGAACAAGUCUAAUUUUUGAUCAAUCAAUGGAAUAUAAAUUUCAAGAAAGAUCAAAAGGGAAAAUUCAAAAUUUGAACUUGAAAUAAUUAUUCAAAAGUUUUCGAACGCUAGUUUGUUCAUUAUUUUCAUUAAAAAAACCAUCGAAUCUGCGGAAAAAUAUGACAAAAAGAGAUGUAUCAUCAAAGUGGAGAAUCAUUGAAAGUUUAGAACAAAAAAAGAUACUACAGUCUGACGCGAAGAGAUGGAACUAUACGCUUUUCAGACUUGCUAAAAUUCUUUUCUUUUUCUUGCAGUCUGUCAAAAUUCUUACAGCUCUGAUGGAACUUUUGGACGAGAAUAAACAGUUGGAAUUGGGCGUGAUUUCCAACGCGGAAAGGAGCGAUUCCACCGUUUCGGGACUCUCAAGCUCCGUUCGCAAUAUUUACAUCGGAGUCCGGACCAAGAAACAGGCUGAAAAAGUUCGACGCUUUUUAAAAACAAAAGAAGUGUGAUUACGGAAGUUUAAGUCGGUGAAAAGGAAGACCGAGUUUGCGGUCUACCAUCAGAUGUCGGAGUCCUCGUCCAAUCUCGAGCCUCAGCCUCACCUUCCGCUCAGCAUCGUCUACCUUUCUGAGAACGGCAUCUACCAGUGAGAAAAUCUUUUUUUUUGGAGGACGGUAACUAUACGUUGCUGUCAAUGAUUUUGCUGAAAACUAGCCAAAAUAUUCUUGAAUGUACUAAAUGACUUGCUGAACUAACCUGCAACACUCGCUAGUUAUCGAGAAAAGAGUUAGAAUUUCCAGAAUGUACAAAAAAAUAAAAACAUGAUAGUUCCUAAAAAAUAAUUGAAAACUUCCAGCCAUCACCUAGUCAUCGAAGAGUCCGCAGCCGAUGGUUCUACAGUAUUCCGACUAAGAUCGGUCGAUAACUCUAGCAACCCUUAUUUCCACUCUGUCGAUGCGCUAAUCAAUCAUUAUUCGUGAGAUUCCAAACUUGAAAUCAUGUGAAACCGAAAAAUUUCAGAAAGUUUUCAUAUGGCAGCAAAUUUUCUGAGAAAAAAGGCCUGCAAGUCGACAUUUUCCCUUGUUGA